UUUGCCCCUAGAUCUUCUCGUGAUCGUCCGCACACACGAAGCCAGUUUCCGGAAAAAACACACAAGUGCUGCCAUGGAAAUAGCUUAUUCCUUCUGCAACUGGUCUAUCAUUGUCUCUUUCAUCUUCGUCAUUAUCAUUUUUUUCCGGUUCUUGUCCAAUCGAUCCACCUUCAGACUCCCACCUUCUCCACCCUCUCUCCCGAUCUUGGGCCACGCUCACCUCUUACUCGGCAGCACCCCUCACUCUGCAUUGCAAAAGCUUAGCAUUCGAUACGGCCCACUCCUGUAUCUCCGAAUCGGCUCUGUGCCCGUAAUUGUCGCUUCCUCGCCGUCGCAUGCCAGAGAAUUCCUCAAUGUCCAUGGAUCGUCCUUCUCCUCUCGUCCCGGCAUCACCCUAUUGGACACUCUGUGGUACGGCCGUAACAACUUUGCAUUUGCACCUUUGGGGCCGUUAUGGAAAACAAUGAGGAAAACAUGCGUGGUGGAGCUCCUUGGCGGCCGGUCGCUCCGACGCUUCAGCUUCAUUCGGCAGCAGGAGAUCGGCUGCUUCUUACGGGCCAUGAUGGCGAGCGCUGGUGAGCCGGUGGACGUGUCGGCGAAGUUUGGUGAACUAACUGGCAACAUCUUGGUGAGGAUGGCGACGGGGAAGAGGAUAGAGAAGGCAUCACGAGUGCUGGAUUUGAUGCAUGAGGCAUCUGAGAUAGGCGGCCAGUUCUAUCUUGGUGAUUACUUCAAGUUUAUGAGCAGGUGGGAUGUGCAGGGAUACAAGAAAAAGUGCAGAGAUAUUUAUGAAAGACUCGAUGGUCUUAUGGAAGAGGUGGUGAAGGAGCACCAAGGCAGGAGAAUGGAGAAGACGGAGGAGGAUAAAGAUAUCAUCGAUGUUCUUCUGGAGAGCAUGAAAGAAGACAAGGACGAGGGAGGGAUCACCAAGGAGAAUAUCAAGUCCCUUAUUUUGGAUGUGUAUGUUGGAGGCUUUCACACGGCAUCAAUUCCGUUGCAGUUUGGCUUGAUGGAGCUUGUACGUCACCCUUCAGUGUUAUUAAAAGCCCAAGAAGAGAUGGAUUCUGUUGUUGGCAAGAAGAGGCUGGUGGAAGAAAGAGACUUGGCCAACCUUCCUUACCUUGAGGCCAUUGUGAAGGAGACACUGAGGCUGCACCCGCCAGUGCCAAUGGUGCCCAGAGCAAGCACUGAGGAUUGCAGAGUUGGGGAAUAUGACAUCCCAGCCAACACUUGGGUCUUUGUAAAUGUGUGGGCGAUGGGGAAGGACCCUUGCCUUUGGGACAGCCCGUCCGAAUUUCGACCGGAGAGAUUCCUUGGCAGUCCUGUAAACGUCAAGGGAGAGUACUUUGAGUUGCUCCCUUUUGGUAGCGGCCUGAGAAUGUGCCCGGGCUCUGCCCAUGCUCUGCUUGUGUUUCGCACUGUGCUCGCAUGCUUGAUACAAUGCUUCGACUGGGAGGUUGAUGGUGGCCCUAAAAGACUGGACGUGGAGGAAAGAUCCGCUGGCAUGACAGUUUCGAUGGCGAACAAGUUGAUUUGCCGUCCCAUCCCUCGUUUUGAUGCCCUAAUCGUUGAAUAUAAAUCAGCAAAUGAGUCUCUAAACUACAGGUAGACGCUGUUGACAGAUUGAUGCUUAGUCUUCACAUUUCAACCAAGGACGAAGAUCUACCACGAUCGAAUAGAGUACUGCUCAACUAACACUCUAUUGUGCUGGUUCUUAUAAUUAUCUGUUUGCAUGUUUGCUUCAGGAUGAUUGUUUCAAAUCCAGCAAACGGUUUAUGUGUUACAAUCUGUUCCGCGAUGUAUCGUUUAGAAUGUGCUUAUGAUAUAAGUUGCCUCCAUUUGUUUACGUAUAAUAAUGGCAUGUGCCGCUUGUUUGGGUGGUUACAACCAUUUGACUACUUACAAUAAUUACAUGUGACGU